AUGGAGACUACCAUAUCCCACUCACAAUCGUCGUUUGUUUAUCAAGUCGCACCCACUGAUCUCUUGUCCAUUGAGCUCAAUGAGCCAGAGCGGACCUAUUUCCCUGGUGAACAGAUUACUGGCACUGUACACAUUGGACUCAAGUUCCCAACCCCUUUAUCGAGAGUGGCAAUUCAUUUAAGUUGCAAGGCGCGUCUGGGACGAAGGAACAAGUUGCCGCUAUUCGUUGUAACAUUGCCCCCGACAAACAUCACACCCGGUUGCAGCCGGGUCCCAUUCACUAUCACUGUUCCUGCAGAUAUCCCUUCAUCAGUAAACCACGAGAAAGUACCCGGCAAGAUUGAAUACAAAGUCAAGGCCGUUUAUGAAGCAAGCGAUUUGCCGAGCAGCGUAUGGCCCAAAGCAUCCCUUGAUAUUCGAGUACACGAACGCAUUUCGACGCAGAGUGAAAAGUAUCAAAAGGAUCUCACCAGUGAGGGAAAGCUUUCAUUCCAAAUACCACACGACAUCAUUCUCAAGCAAUGCACCUUCCGUAAAGGUGAUACGCAUACAGCAUUGGCUUGGUUACAUAUACCCAGAUCCUGUUUCUUACCAGAUGAGAUCAUUCCAUUUACGUUAAGGGUACAACAUUUUGCCCCCAUUCGACAAAUGGAUGGCGUUACAGCAUAUCUUGACCGCAUCACACAAACGCUUUCUGAUAAUCAGGGCCAAACGAUCGACACAACCACCGUUCAUCGAAUUACACUACCGCUUAGCUGCGACGAAGACAACUUUCAAGCCAAGUUCACUUGCAACAAGCUCACAGUGCCGAGCGACACCCCACCAACAUUAGAGAAAGAACAAUAUCCUUUACGUGUUACUUAUCGGAUACGCGUUGUCAUCAACAUGGAUAUGGAUGCUUUACCUUUACGCAAACGUGAUCGAAUGGCUAGCUACAUGUACAUGGGAAGGAAGAUGCGACUUUCAGAUGAUGAGCAAGCAGGUGGACCCACAAUCACUCUCGAUGUACCCAUUAAGGUCGGCACAACGGAUCAAGUCGACGUAUCAACGCCAACUUCUUGUUUACACAAAUCAGUAUUCGAUGGUGGAUUCGGCUUCUUUCAACAAGGUGAACGACCUUUCCCAUUUUCCCCAUUAUUGGGACCACCUCCUGCUUAUGGUUCAAUCGACGAGAAAAACUCUGCAGCAGACAACACAAUGUCGGUUGUUAUGAAACGGCUAUCGUAUCCACCCUCUGAUAGCAAUAGCAGUAAUAGCAGCAGCAACAAUAGCAAUAGCAUAGUCGUCAUGUCUUCUACAACACCGCCACAACCUUCACAACCACCACCACCGCCACCGCCACCACUUCCUCAAUCUUUACUAGUCGAGGAUCAACUUGCAAUAGCACGACAACCUUCUGCACCUAGUUUACAAGAAAUUGAAAAGCCAUCCUUAUUGACAUCACGUUACAGCUAUUCAGAGACCAGCUCUAGUUCGGUUGAUUCAGACGUAAAAUACGCUAUGCAUGCACGGUCAUGGUCUGUUCCAGCAGAAUACUCGCAUAACCCACAUCAUCAUCAACAUCAUCAUUAUCAAUAUCAUUAUCAGCAACAACAACAGUCUCAUGCAUAUAACCAUCAUCAUCAUCAUCACCAUCAUCAUCCUAGUCCUCUUAUGAUUCCACCACCUCCACCUCCACCACAAUACCAACCUCACACAUCUCCAAUGCCAUCCAUUGCCAAACUGCAGAUUGUCACCUCCCCGCCUCCUGUACCAAAUCCUCAUCAACAACAGCGUUAUUUACGACCCUCCAAUAAAUAA